AUGUACAUCUCCGUCAGCCGCAUCAGGCCAUAUGUUGGCAGCAAAUGGAAUGCUCAUAUCUCCGUCCCCAUUCUCAGCGAUAACAUCAACAUAAAUUGCAUUUCGAUUACAUCACUUGAGUUCGGUGUCGUCGUAGAGUGGCUCGGGGAGGAUCUGGGCAUUGAUUUCACCGUUGGCCCCAACCGGAAGGACGAUGUCGGUGAUGAUUGGUGUCUCGUUUGGCGGUCGCUCGAGUCUGGGAACUUGGGUCGUGUCUACGAUGACACAUCACUUCAGGCUGCUGUGCAAGACUACAGACGCGCACACAGACAUGUCGUGGAUCUUUUCGUCAUUAAAGGAAAAGGCAAGUGUUUGUUCUACUCAGAAGACGAACAUGCUAAGCUAACACAUCUGCAUAGACGCUAUUGA